AUACAAUCCAAGUGAUUAAAAUUAAAAUUGGGCACCCAAUGAAGUAAAAACAUGAUUGGAAAUUUUCCCACCAUUAAUUAUCACAUGAUUCUUGUAGAUAGUAAGCUUUAGACCAUUGAAAUAUUUCUCUUUUCGCCAUUUUUGAUAGCUUAACUAUACCCAUAAAUGCUGAAAUUACCAUAUUUGUUUUUACUCUCUGGCCUUGUGGUCAAAUACAAGUGAAUUUAAGACCAGUUUUUUUUCUUUCAAUCACUCACUUACCAAACGUAUCGUUUUUUCCAUCCAAUUUUGGUAACAUAUCAAGUCGUAAAAAUCAUCCUCAUGUGACAAGUUGUUGGAUUUCUUCUGGGUCAGAAAGUUCUGUUUGUUUGGCCUUCUUUAAAACCCAAUAUUCAUAAUCCAACGUUCCCAUUUUUUCCUGCUCUCAUGGAGUUCUUGUUUGUCAUUCUGCCUUUGUGCUUUUUCUUGGGCAUUGAUGCUGCAGUUUUCACUUUGGAGAAUAAAUGUAAUGACAUAAUAUGGCCAGGAAUCCAACCAGGAGCUGGGAGGCCUCAACUGAUGAAUGGUGGAUUUCAGCUUAAGCCUGGCGAGACCGUGACGAUCAAUGCGCCUACAGGAUGGUCCGGACGAUUCUGGGGUCGACGUGGAUGUUCCUUUGAUGUCUCUGGCAAAGGAACGUGCCAAACUGGUGACUGUGGUGGCGUACUCGAAUGUGCAGGGGCGGGUGGUGUCCCACCUGCCACACUUGCAGAGUUCACCUUAGACAGUCCUUUAGAUUUUUAUGAUGUUAGCCUUGUUGAUGGCUAUAACAUUCCAAUUUCGAUAGCUCCAUCUGGUGGAUCGAGUACUUGCCAAACGGUGAAAUGCCUGACAGAUUUGAAUCAGCAUUGCCCUGAUGGUUUGGAGAUGAAGAAGAAUGAUACGGUCAUUGGUUGUAAGAGUGCAUGCCUGGCUUUCAACAAGCCAGAGUAUUGCUGCACGGGGGUAUACAGUACCCCGAAGACGUGUAAGCCGACAGUUUAUUCGAAAGCAUUCAAGUUAGCUUGUCCAUUGGCUUAUAGUUAUGCAUAUGAUGAUGGAAGCAGCACAUUUACAUGCCAGAAAGCGAACUAUUCAAUUGGAUUUUGUUGAGUGAAUGACCCAUGAUUUGGAUCUUACAUUGAACUAUUUUAACUUACAAGAGUUUCUAUUACACAGACAAUUUCCUAAAAUCCUAUGACUUUUAAACAAAGUAGACAACGUUGUAUUGUUCUUUCUUGUAUCUUUCUUCCUUAGAGCUUAAAAGAUAGGUGUUGCCUGCUUUCUGUACAGAUCAAAAUCAAACUAAAAGAUAGGUGUUGCUUUCUU